CAAAGACCAUUGAUGUUGUUGUAAACGACGGCAUCCCAAUCCACUCCGCUCCACCUCCAAUACAGUAUUCCGUAAUCCUCCAACGCUCACAACUCCCCGCCCUCACCUCCAGACCCGUCCCUCAACCCGCCCCAAAACAAUAAAAAAAGAAACGAAAAUAAAAAAAUGGAAACCCAGCACCUCGAAGACAGCGCCGAAGACCAGAGCUGGGUAUCGGCCGACACGCCAUCGGAUAUCGCAGGCCCGGUGGUGCUCGUUUUGCCGUCCGAUCCGCCGACGUGUAUCGCGAGCGAUGCGAACGGGAAGGUGUUUGCCAGCGAGCUGGAGAAUCUGAUCGAGGGGGAUGCGGCGACGGCGGAGCCGCAUGAUGUGCGGCAGGUGUGGGUUGCGACGAGGGUGGCGGGGACGGAGUCGUUGAGUUUUAAGGGCCAUCAUGGGAAAUACCUAAGCUGCGAUACGUACGGGAUCCUGAGUGCGUCCGCGUCCGCAAUCUCGCACUACGAAUCGUUCGUUGCGCUCCCCUCGACCGAUAUUCCGGGUACGUUUGCGCUGCAGACGGGCGGAGGCGACAAGGAGGCAUUUGUGUGUGUGCGGGAGGCGUCGUCGAGCAGCAAGGCGAGCGGGCGCGUGAUCGAGGUGCGCGGCGACGCGGGCAGUCUGGGUUUUGAGACGACGUUGCGGAUCCGCAUGCAGGCGCGGUUCAAGCCGCGGAUCAAAGCGAGCAAGGAGACCAAGGCGAGGGAGAAGAUUAGUCGGAAGGAGUUGGAGGAGAUUGUGGGGAGACGGCUGGAGGAGCAUGAGGUUAAGAGGUUGAAGAGGGCGAGGAGGGAAGGGAAUUUCCAUGAGGAGGUGCUCGAUGUGAGAGUGAAGGGGAAGCAUGACAAGUUUGCUUGGUAGAUUGGCGGAGAACCUUAGGGAGGUCAAUUACCUGCGUUUGAGAUGAGACGCACUGGACAAUUGCAUUCGGGAAUGCCCAGAGGAAGGGCCCUUCUCGCAGAUGACGCGAGAAUGCGCACUACAGCGACGGAUUCUAUGAGGGCGACAUUUCUAUCUGCUGGGAGGACAGGCCUGGACUCAUUCGAGAUUGAGCGUGACGCGCCUUGAUGUGCGUACUACACCUCGAACAAUGGGUGAAUGACUGUCGGGCCUGAGACGCUUUGAAUAGUCUGGUUUGUUCAUCUGUAUGCAUUAUCAUCUAUAUGAUGAGCAAGACCUAAAUAAACCUAAAGUAUUUUCAUA